UCCACUUGUUGGGUGCUAUUCGGCUGCUGCUCUGCAAGUCUGCACCUGAAUGUCCCGUUUUGUCAUUCUACAUUUUAUUCUGCCCUUAACUUACUGAAAUAGCAAUAUGGAACCGUGAAGCGUGAAUGUAAUUGUGGCAGAACCUCAGAAUUUAGAGUUUCAAUUUCUGAUUCCAAGAACCCUUAACAGCUGAAUACUCUGGAAAGAUCCUUAGGAACAGGCAAGCCGAAAGAGUCGUUGUAGGAUAAAAAGGGAAUUAAUUAACAAAUCUAAAUCGAAAUUUCUACCAUUUGAAUACGGGUCAACUUCCAUAAUUUAAUAAACCCGAAAAUCUUUUGAUUUUGAAAUGACUUCACCAUUUAAAAAACGUGAAAAAACAUCAGACAACAGCGAAAAUACAUGCUGUCCUGUGUGUUUUAAGGAAGUGGAAAUAUUCUCAGUUGGAGUGUGUGAUCAUCCAAUCUGCCACGAGUGUUCCACUCGCAUGCGAGUGUUAUGUAAAGAGGAUGCUUGCCCUAUUUGUCGCCAAGAAUUAACAAAUAUGGCUUUUUCUUUAUUCCAUUUCAUUGAAAAAAUCUUAAUAUUUCAGCAAUUUUAUUAUUUCCAGGUGGCUUUUGUGAAGGAGGCAAAACCCUUUCAGCUUCUUAUGCUUAACUCAUAUCCCAUGGACAAAGUUACUAGGAUAUACUUUGAAAACUUGUUCCUACGAGAAACUUUUGAAAAAUUACUAGUUCAUGUUUGCUAUACCUGCCCGUCAAAGCCUACUUUUGCAAAGUUCCAAAUGCUUAAAGACCAUUUACGGAAAGAACAUGAGUUGUUUUUCUGUGAUCUUUGUGUAGAAAAUUUGAAAAUAUUUAGUCAGGAAAGGCGACCCUAUACACGCCAAGAAUUAGCCUUGCAUCGAAGGAAAGGGGAUCCUGACAACACAUCCCACAGGGGCCAUCCACUCUGUAAUUUUUGUGACCAAAGAUAUGUUGAUGCUGAUGAGUUAUUUCGACACUUGAGAAGAGAUCAUUACUUCUGCCACUUUUGUGAUGCUGAUGGAUUAAACCAAUAUUACUGUAAUUAUGAAGAUUUACGAAAACAUUUUCGUGACGCACAUUUCCUGUGUGAAGAAGGCGAAUGCAAAGAAGAAAAGUUCACGUGUGUAUUUCGCACCGAAAUAGACAUCCGCGCCCAUAAAGCUCAGACACACAGCCUAUCUUUGGGAAAAGCAGCCAUUAAACAAGCACGGACGUUGGAGCUGGAGUUUACGCUGGCUCCCCGUUCAGGUGAAAGCAAAGGGAGAACCAGGCGUCUGAUUCAAUCAAGGACAUCAGAUAAGCAGGAUUCAGAAAGCUCUAGGGUUCCUGAUCAGCAAGCUAAUCGGGUAACCGGUGCAUUCUCCACCGCAAGCGCUGACAUCGGAAACCCUGAAGAAUUCCCGAGUUUAUCAACUGGGUCGAGUUCAGUCAUCAACACCCGCAACAAUGGAUCCGACUCCUUGGCACAAAAAUUAGCCAAAGGCAAUCGCUUUAAUGUGAAGAACAUAGUAGGAGCUCAGGCUCAUGAUGAGUUCCCAUCCCUUGUUGCCGAAGGUUUACCAUCAAACAGGCAGAUGUCGUUGCUCGAUGAGAAAAAGACAAAAGAAAAAGACUGGAGUACCAAGCAACCAGUUCGUCUUCAUGGACAGGAACCCGCAAGCAACGAUCCCGUAACGAAAAGGAAGGUGACAGCGAGAGUUUCACGUGUUAGUACUUCUGCAAAUAUUCAUGUCCAAUCCAGUCGCAGCUUAUGUCUUGAAAAUUUCCCUUCCCUAACCGUAACAACUCCUCAAUCAUCAGAGGAGCCAGCCUUGAAACCUGGAUGGCUAAAAAAAAAUCUUCCGAAAGCGAACAAUGUGUCCUCGGUCUCUAGCGUUUCCAAAAGUAGGAAUCUGCCACCGUCCCCUGAAGAAUAUCCUGAACUGGUUCCUUCUUCGUCUAAUGAUGUAUCCGACUCAAGCGUAUGGAUAAAUUUAAAUGAAAAAGUGCCUAGCUCGAAUGGGAUAAGCACUGGUGCUGCAGCCAGAGUAGAGUCGUUAUCGGAGUUAUCCAAAGUCAAAUGCAAAAAGAAAAAGAAUCCAUCUAACGGCGGCCAAGGAAAUCAAAUUGUACAACCUCGUCCGUUUUCCUGUGAAACAAAAAAAAAGGCUUCCGAAGUUCGACUUGAUGACCUUCAAAAUCUUCCCGAUGAGAUCCCCAAAACAUCCCGAGGCCGAAAAAUUAAACUAGAGAUGACCGAUAAUAUUGGCACUUACGAUGGCAACAAUUGCAUUGGAAGUAAAGUUAACAUAAUUAAAUCGCAACCAAGUUCGAUUGCGUUAGAAAAUAACGGUGCCCGACCAAAAAUGAAAGCUAAUCCAAUCAAUUUGCGUUCAUCCGAGUUCCCUGCACUUGGGAUGUCUCCUGCACCUGUAACUUCUAUUUUCGAUAGGAACCCUCACGACUUUACGCAAUUGACUCGUGGGAAAAAAGAGACAACGGCCAAAGCAACUUUGACAAACAGUAAUGCCCAACAUUUCCCACCAUCGCCAAACGUAAACCAUGCGUUUUUGCAGCCUCCUGAUUUUAGCUCACGUAACCAACAACUGAUAGCAACAGUCAUGGACUUGCUAUGCAAUCAGAAAAUGAAGAUUGAAAAAUUUCGCACCAUAUCUAAUGAGUUCCGAAGCGGCCAACUUGACUCCAAAAAAUAUUAUAUGAACUGUAUGGAGGUUAUGGGAGAAGAUUGCUUUUUGGCUUUGUUCCCAGAACUGGUUUGUCUUUUGCCAGAUGUUGUGAAACAACAGGAACUCAUCAGGGUUCAUCGAUCGGACAUGAAAUUUAGGAGCGACGUAGGAAAAACUGAGCCGUACGUCAUCUGUGCAACCUGUGGUCAAGUUCUGUCACCUUCGGAUUUGAAGCAUCACUUAGCGAGCCACAGUUUAGAAACGCAUUUUCCUUCGCUGAGUGCAUCUCCUGAGCUUGACAUGGCGUGGAACAAGCGGUGAAGUUCUGUCGUUAAUCCCCGUAUCGCCCUUUGCUAUAAAAAUCGUUUGUUAGAUUUUCAUGCAGAAGAGAUGAUCAGAGCAUCAGGCGGUGAGUUAGUGAAUGAAAACUUCAAAGUUAAAAUAAUAAAAAUAUAAUAUGGAUAUAUAAAGGAAACAAAACCGUGAGGCAUUUGAACUUCUAUUGUCCAGCAUUCUUCAUUCAAUAUUUCAGAGGUGGUUGUUCUCCUUUUAUAUGUGGUUUGAAUACAUAAAAAGUGUAUUUUCCGCAAGGAAA